UGCCGAGGACGCCGGAGGAGCUCUAGUGUCGGCAGGCUCGGACUCCAUCCACGGAACGGCGCAGCGACCACAGUGGAAGAGGAGCGAGGACGCGCGCGCGCUCAUGGAAGUGAAGGAUAUUUAAGCACCUGCCUGGGGGGCGCACAGACACCGCAGUCCAUGCCUCUGCCUUGCCGGGUCCUUGAUGGGAAACCAACUGGACCGGAUCACCCACCUCAACUACAGCGAGCUGCCCACGGGGGAUCCGUCCGGGCUGGAGAAGGACGAGCUGCGCGUCGGCGUCGCUUACUUCUUCUCCGACGAGGAGGAGGAGACGGCGGACGAGCGCACGCCGUCCGACUGCGGCGGCUUCGGCAAGGAUCUGAGCCCGGCCGACGAGGACGGCGGGGUACCGGAGGGGCCUUUCUCGCUGAGCGAGGUGGAGUACUCGGCGUUCCGCGCGCACGAGUGCAUCUUCUCCAAGCUGCGCGAGAACGAGGACCUGGACGUGUACGCGGCCACAACUUUGCUGGGCGUGUGCAAGCCGGGCGACCUGCUGGAGCUGGUGGCCGCCGCGCAGCCGCCGCACUGGGCCGUGUGCGAGCACGACGGCCGCGUCAUCCACCUGCACAAGGGCGAGAUCCGGCGGGACGCCCUGCUUGAGGUGUGCAACGGGCGCCGCGGCAGGAUCGCCAACGGCCGCUACCGCUACCGGCCGCUGCCCGCCGACCUGGUGGUGCAGAACGCGGCGGGCCACGUGGGCCUGCGCAGCGACGAGAUUAGCUGGACCAACUCGGAAAGUUUCGCCGCCUGGUGCCGCUUCGGCAAGCGCGAGUUCAAGGCCGGCGGCGAGGCGCACUCGGCGGAGCCGCAGUACUUGCUCAAGGUGCGCCUGGCCGGAAGCGGCGUGCACACGCUGGUCUUUCGCAGCCUGGAGGACUUGAUCCGCGAGCGGCGGCGGGUGGACGCCAGCGGAAUUCUCGAGGAGCUCUCCCUGGUCAGCGGGGGGAAGGAGUGAUGGGGGGAUUCCUUCGGAUCUGGCCCAACCGCCCCCCUCCUCCUCUUGGGGGCGCGGACCUGUUGGUUGUGGACAGCGCCGUGAUGCGUUUCAAGCCCUCAGGCGCUGUGCUCGUGUGGAAUGUGGAACCGUGUAAACAAGACAACGCCCCUCCCCCUUUUCAUCCCACCUGAAAAAAAAAAGACCCCCGCCCCGAUCUCUCAUGACUGGGCUUGGUUUGGAUGUUGGAUUUUUUUCAGGGGGGGCUGCCGCGUCCCCUUCUCCCGGUCACACAUAAGCUGCCUAAAGAACGACGGAAAACCAAACGGAAGCAUUUUUGGCUUGCACAAAAGCGCCCCUCUUCUUUGCCAUACAAUGACAAUAUACUUUAUUGUCAGCCCACAGCCAUCCUGCUCCACGCCAAUGGAUGUGUGCGCGCGCACGCUCGUGCGUGUAGAAAGAAAAUGUAUUCCUUUAUUUUUGUAUUUGCGUUGAGUGGAUUAUUGAUCCUGAUCUUGUCGCCCCGCCCUCUUUUUUGGUUCAAAUAAAUGG